AUGAAACUUCUAUGGCCAUUGAUAUAUCCCAAAAAUCUGGAUAUGGUAAACCUGGUGAUUCAGAGGUUGCUAAAGUACCUUGUGUUUAUGCUAAGCUGUAUCGUGACGCCAAUUUUAAAACUGCAAUACUUUAAGAAGCGGAAACGAAUACCAGCGAUCAAGAAUCAGCUGUUGUUGAUUUCAGCGACAGAAAUUGCGCGACAGAUUCGCAAGAAAAUGAUCAGCAGCGAGGAAGUGGUGAGAGCCUAUGUGGAGAGAUGCAGAGACGUAAAUCCUGUGAUAAACGCUAUCGUGGAGUCGCGUUUCAGCGCAGCCAUUCAGGAAGCGCAGGAAGUUGACAAGCUCUUAGCGAGCACCACAAAAACCGAGGAGGAACUUGCUCGUGAGACGCCUUUUCUUGGCGUACCCAUAACUGUGAAAGAAAGUUUCGCCGUUGAAGGAAUGUCGCAUAUGGCCGGCGUGAAGAAAAAAUCUCCACAGAAAGCGACUAAAGACGCAGUAGUUGUUAGCAUGGUACGCAAGGCUGGAGCUAUUGUCCUUCUCGUCAGUAAUACUCCCGAGCUAUGUCUGAACUGGGAAACUAGCAACAAAGUUACUGGUACUACUAGAAACCCUUAUGACACCAGAAAGAUACCCGGUGGCUCUUCCGGUGGCGAGGCAGCACUAAUAAGCUCCGCCGCCUCCAUCGCGGGCAUCGCGUCGGAUGUCGCAGGUUCUGCGAGGCUUCCGGCCAUGUUCUGCGGUAUUUUUGGUCACAGACCCACGUCAGGUCUGAUCUCUACAGAGGGCCAUAAGCCAUAUUCUCAUGAUGAAUCAUUUACCCUGUACUGUACACCAGGAACGAUGGUCAGAUACGCCGAGGAUUUGUCUCUUAUGAUGAAGAUAAUGUGUCAGUCGGAAGAGACGUGGAGGAAGUUCGAGCAGAAGGUAUGUUUGAAAGACAUGAAAUUCUUUUACCUGGAGAACUGCUGCGUGGUAACGGACUCUAUAAGCAAAGAUGUAAAACAGGCGAUGAAGAAGCUGAGGAUCCACAUCGAAACGACGUACGGUCUCAAAGUGGAAAAGGCACGGUUACCUGCCAUGAAAUUUAUGCUUAACAUGGCAUCGCUUAUGCUGUCGGUGAAUCUCGAUGACAUCAAGGAUGAUAUUAAAUGCGCGGGAUCGAGUAGAUGUCUGCUUGAAGAAUUGAAAUCCAUUUGUGGCAUGUCGCAGAAUACGCUCUCUGCAAUUACAUAUAUCGUCAUGAAAUGGGUAUAUCAUAAAUUAUCAGAGAGUUAUGAACGCGAAGUGUCCGCUAAGAGGGACGAGUUAAAGAAACAAUUCGAGGAGCUACUAGGUGAUAACGGCGUACUGAUAUUCCCAACGUUCGUAUCGUCAGCCUAUUACUCGAACGAAACCUACCCGAAUAUCUUCAAUUUCAUGUAUCUGACAGUCGCUAACGUACUAGGAAUACCAGCGACACACUGUACAAUGGGGCUCAACAAACAGGGUUUACCUGUUGGCCUUCAAAUCAUGGCAAACGCGGGCAACGAUCAUCUUACGAUCGCAGUGGCUGAAGAGAUCGACAAAGCCUUCGGUGGUUGGCAGCUGCCACCGAUGAUCGAGUUGCAAGUUUGAUUCUCUCUUUGAUCGGACGAUAAAGACUUCGAUACGAGGAUCCAUCGCGAUAAAUCGAGUGUAUUUGACGUGAUAAGAUCGGCGAAGAGACUACGGUAACGAACGUGUGCUUCUUCGUUCAAACGACGAACAAUUGCGAUACCUCAAACGUGAACGAAUCUACGAUAGAAAUUAAGAUGUGUAAUAAAUAUAGGCUGUUCUUAUGACAUGUGGGAAGUGGCUAGUCUGGCUCUACCCUAAAAUAGCUUAGGGAUAAGUCGAAUUUACAAUCGUUGGUAAAGAUAUUAUGAAUAAAUAACGAAAUAAAAAUUUGACCUUCGAUCGUUGGAGAAAUUUGCAAUGAAGCGAACGAGCUUUGUCCGAAGCUGAUUUAAUAAAUUAGUUUCUCGAUUAUCACGCGCGCCAGUUUGUAAAGUCGUUAAACGUAAACCGUUUAAAAAGCUAAUGAACAAUCAGAAGAAUUGGAGUAAAAAGAAUUACAUUUCAUGACUCUGUACUUACAUCUGCAAAAAGAUUCAGAGCUAUGUAACUGAUAGUUGAUGUAAAUAAAAUUCAUAAAAAUGA